AUGAUGGACAACCAGUGCUAUGUAAAAGUCUAUACCCUGAAUGAUCACCAACAAUGGGUCAUUCUAGGUACAGGGCACAUCUCAUUCACUUAUGAGGAGGGGGCCCAGGGCGUGUUUCUGCGAGUUAGAUCCAAGUCCGACGGCUCACUGAUCUUGGAGUCAAAGAUAAAUCCAGACACGUCCUAUCAGAGAGAAGAAAGGUCAAUUGUUUGGUCAGAUGCUGAGAACCAUGAUACAGUGAUAUAUUUCCAGGACAUAGGAAGUUGUCAUGAGGUAUGGAAAGGCAUUUGCCAGGUUCAAGGUGAAGUUCCAUGUGUCAAAAUGAUACGUGACAUUGCGGAUGAAUCAGAAGACAAAGAGUGUCAUGACUCGCCAAAAACCGGUGAACCGCUCUACCUGCCAAACUGCGAACUCGGUAAACUUGGGCAGAUUGCUGACUUAGUUACUUUGGGUCUCACCUCACCUAUGGUUAAAGAAAGCCUGGCUCUGGUCUUGGAAAGGGAGGACUAUAUUAAAAAACUACUGCAGUUGUUCCACACUUGUGAGAACCUAGAGGAUACUGAAGGCUUACACCAUUUGCAUGGAAUUAUUAGAGGAAUCUUAUUCCUCAACAAUACGUCUCUGUUUGAGAUCCUAUUUUCUGAUGAGUGUAUCAUGGAUGUGGUGGGAUGCCUUGAAUAUGACCCUGCUUUGGCUCAGCCAAAAAGGCAUAGGGAAUUCUUAACCCAAAAUGCAAAGUUCAGGGAAGUUAUACCAAUAACAGACUGUGAACUUCGACAAAAAAUACAUCAGACAUACAGGGUACAGUACAUUCACGACAUCCUUUUCCCUACACCAUCCAAGAUUCAAGACAGGACUCUUACUAGUCUUACGAGUUUUAUUUUUUCUAACAAGGUUCAGAUAGUCGACAUGUUGCAGGAAGAUGAGGAGUAUUUGGCUGAAGUUUUUGCACAGAUAAGGGAUAAGAACACAGAUGAUGAGAAACGGCAUGACCUGGUAUUUUUUUUUAAGGAAUUCUGUGCAUUUUCUCAGCUAUUACAUCCUGAAAGCAAGUGUUCACUAUUCACAACACUGACAGAAUUGGGAAUUCUUCCUGCUCUUAAAAUUGUAAUGGGCAUGGAUGAUUUGCAAAUAAGGUCAGCUGCUACUGAUAUACUUGCUGAUCUAGUGAAGUAUACUCCAUCCAUGGUCCAAAGAUUUAUGAUGGAAGAAGCCCAGCAAAGUGAAGAUGGCAAACUUUUCAUUAAUUUAAUAAUUGAACAAAUAAUCUGUGAUACUGACCUUGAACUAGGACAUGCUGUUCAUUUAACGGGACUUCUUUCUGCUCUACUUGAUACAGACAACAUGCCGGCUGUGCAAAGAAAAUGUAAAAGAAGUGAAUUUCUAAAUUUCUUCUAUAGACAUUGUAUACAUAACUUCAUAGCACCGCUUUUGUCAAUUACUUCAGAAGAUAUAUGUGAAGAGGAUAAUAUAGUUGGAUCUGACAAAAACAACAAAAAUUGCCUCAGUGCUCUUCGCUUUAUGAGAAGGAUGAUUGGCCUUAAAGAUGAACUUUAUAAUUUUUACAUCAUCGAGGGAAAGCUUUUUAAGCCAGUUGUAAAAACCCUUCUGGAUAAUGGAACUCGGUACAAUAUGUUGAAUUCAGCUAUUAUUGAGCUGUUUAGAUACAUAAGAGUGGAAGAUAUCAAGUCUCUUGUUGCACAUAUAGUUGAAGAGUUUUAUGAAACACUUGAGUCAAUUGAAUACGUUCAGACAUUCAAAGAAUUGAAGAUUAAAUAUGAACAAGAGAAAGACCGGCAGAAUCAACUACAGAAGAAUUUGCAUCCUGUACUGUAUAGUAAGACAUUUUGCGGAGGUGCCAGUGUCUUGAAGGAGAAGGAAGAAAUGAGUUUUAAAGAAAAUAUAGAGGAAGGAAAAGCAGGUAUGCCAUCAUCAGAAAGUGAUUUUCAAGAUCAUUAUGAUAAAUUUGUGGAGACUAAAGAAGCAAAAGAAAAUGAAGACAAGGUAGAUCUUCCCCCCAGAACAUCUUUGGAUGGCUUCAAAUUUACUUCAUUCCAUUCUUCUGGUGUUGCUAGUGGAACAGGUAACCCAAACGGUAGCAGCAUGGUGGACUUAGUGUAUUAUUCAGUUGAUGAAGAAGAAGAUAAAGAAGGUGAAACACCCCCCAGGAAAAAACAUCUUAGGUCAUAA